UAAAACGCGGCCUUCAAAAUAUUUGGAGAGUUUUAAAGUCGUUCAGUGUACAGUCCAUAAAAAAAAACAAACGUGUUUGUAAACAUGGACGGAUCCAAACAGAAGGGGAAGAAGCAUUUUAUAGAAAUAUUUUGAUCAUGGCAAAAUACAAUACAUAUCGUAGCCCUGACCAACCUAUAAACCGGGCCAGUCUAUUUUAUAAGUGCAACAACACGGUUGAACCAUUUAAACAAGCUGUAAGAUAUCGCAUUUCAUGUUAAAUGUACAAAAUGGAUGAAUUACGAAAUUCAAAAUGUCAGGACUUUAUCUGUGUUCUUUACGGAUUUGUGUACACGGGUGGAAAAAUGGAAAGAUAUACGAGAAACAAAAUGAAAACCUUUCACCAAAAUAUAUGUGGACAAUUAGCUGGACUUCCGUGUUGUCAACAACAAUGCAGUGCCACGUAUAAGUUGAAUUUCAAGAGGUGGUGUGAAACAUGUUCAAAAUGGAGGAAAGAACUUAUGAAAGGAAGACGACCAGGCAAAACAGAGUGGGAAAAACUUAAAUCAUGGAAGUGGCCAGACUCUUACGAAAACAUAGUGGAUGUUUUUCUGCCGAGCGAUUGGACGAAACACAAUGUAACACAGUUUUCUGAUAUAUCAACCCAGUGCCACAUUUGGUAUGCGUGUAAAGCAUUUGAUUUAAAUCAGACUUUUGUAAAGAAUGUUCGAAAUGCGCGAAACUCCACUUGUCACAACCCAAGUUUCCAAGUUUCUGAUGUUGAGAAGGCAAAAGCAUUUGAUGCAUUGACAGAUUUAAUUAAAGAUCCUGACACAGCAACAGAUAUCGAUGUGAACAGCUGUUUAAAUGAACUCAAAGACAUUGAGAGUAAUCAGUAUUUACCCGAUUACAUGAAUGAAUCAUUACUAAUGAAAGUAGCAGCAAUUAUUGGGGAAAGCCAAAGCACCAUAGAAAGGAAGUUGAUUGACAUUUGUGAACAAUUAGCUUAUAUUAGAGAUGAAAACCAGGAUAGGACUUUAGAUAAUCAUAUAAGAAGGUCUGAAGCAAGAACUAGGAGUAUUAAGACAGAUAUUAAACAAACAAAAGUGGCCGUCUUGAUUAUAUUCCUCCUUGUGAUAUGGACCAACAGCCUACAUCAUGUGCUGUUUCAAGGAGCCAAUGUUGAAAAUGUCGAACAAAACUAUCUAGGUGAAGGUGACUGCUUCUCCGAAAACUAUAGUUAUCCAUUCGCACAAGAUCUACCCUUGCUAGAUUACGUACGGGAUAAUAAAACUCUUGUCGGCAGAAAAUGGCUGUUUAAAUUAUUCCAAAGAAAACUACUGCAUGUUAAAACAUCGUCUCGCGGGAUAGUCUCUGUUGCAGAAUUCGGAUAUGGAAAAUCUGCUAUCAUUUCCCAUUUGCUCUGUGCAAAGCAAGGUGAAAAGGGGCGAUUUCUGAGAGACCAUGUGACUGCAUUUCAUAUCUGUAAAUAUGACGUUGCUAGCACACAAUCACCAGAGAGAUUCAUCAGACGUAUGGUGGGAUUCUUUGCAACGCGAAUCCCGGAAUACGGCAGUAUAAUUUCCUUGCUUUCCGAAGCAUCUGUUUUGUAUGACAGCGAAAAAUGUGCCAAGGAGCUAGAAGCUUGCUUUGAUCAAGCCUUCAGAAUUCCAUUUAAGAAAAUUAAAACUGAAUCUUCUACCAGGAUAAUAGUUAUAGAUGCGCUUGAUGAAUGUUAUCAUUCGUCCAAAAAUAAGAAUUUUAUCUUAGAUUUACUGUCUACACGUAUUCAGUAUUUCCCGAAAUGGAUACAAUUCCUUAUAACAACAAGAGAUAUGGUACAAUUGCAGACUUUGCGAAAGUUAGAAAGAUUACAUCUUUUAACAAAUGAUUCCAACAAUUUGAAAGAUAUCGAAGAAUACGUCGAAAUGAUUUAUAAAGAAAGUUCUGGUAUUGUCCAUUCUAAAAGUCAGAAAGUAAUGAAACAUUUACGUGAAAGCAGUGAAGGCAACUUUCUCUAUAUCAUACAUGCUUUACAAUAUAUUGAAAGCCCAGAAUUUAAUGGUACAUUGCCUGAAUUACCAUUGUCUCUAGAAGAUAUCUAUGAAUUAAACUUUGACCGACAAUUUCAAGGUGGCAAAACAUUUAGCAUUGCUAAAGUUAUUCUUGAAGUUAUAUGUGCAAGUUUAACACCUCUCAACAAAACAGAUAUCUACAAUAUAUUGAAAAAUAGUGAGACUAUAAACACGACAUUUACAGGGUUUGAACAGGAAUUUGAAAAGCUAACAUUUUUUGUGAAAGCCGAAGACGGAGUUAUUUUGAGACAUAAAGCAAUACACAGUUGGUUAAUAGCUUCAACUACUGGACGGUACAAAGUGUCUCUUACUGAAGGGCAUAUGAUGAUUUCAAAGCACUUACUAAAAACGGUAGAGAAAGACGGAACGGGGGACAUUUUGCCUUUGGUGAUUCAUCUGAGUAAUUCUAAAGACCAGUCACUACGAAAGGUUUUUCUCUCCUUUGAUAUCAAAAAGGUAAUGUAUUUCGAGGAGGAAAAUGUCCUACAAAAUCUCAUUAGUAUGACAGAUUCUGAAGAUGCUCUUAAACUUCUUUUAUCUCACCAUUUGGAUGUAAACAUUAUUGACAGAAAUGGAGUGAGCCCAGCAUUUCAUGCAGCAGCUAAAGGACAUUUAAGUCAACUUAAGCUACUCCUUCACAAAGGUGCGGACUUGCAUUUUGCUGUAAACUCUUGUAGACGCUGUGACACAUACUUAAAUGAAAUUACAAAUACCAUAGAGGAGAUAAAGACAACAUUCUAUUCUGGAUAUGGAUUACUUCAUAUAGCCGUUCAGCAUGAAUCUACUGAGGUUACCAAGUAUUUAAUUCAGGAGACAAAAAUUUCUUUGGAUGGUGAAAACGUUUUAGGACAGCGGCCAAGUGAUAUAGCCUGCGUAAUUGGAGAUAUUGAAGUCGUGAAAAUGUUUAUAUCUCAUAAAUCAAAUGUUAUAGAUGAUAAAUGUUUAUAUUUAGCUACAAGGAAUGGCCACUUCGAUAUCAUAAAAUACAUUCUAGAGUCAGGUUUCCGUCCCAGCUGUAUCGCAGAUAAAACCGCGACGAAUGAAUUUGAUAGAAUAAUGCAAUCUUGUAAAUGUGAAAUCAAACCGUCUGUUAUAUCUAGUAAAGUUAGACCUUUGGACACGUGGUGGAUCGUCCUCCAAGAAACGCCGCUUCAUUUUGCAAUACGGUCUGGUCACUUAAAGAUCGCUAAGUAUAUUACAGAAAAAACAAAACGUUUGAACAGAUGUAUCGAUGUAUAUGGUUAUACACCUUUCUUACUAGGGAUAAAGCACGACAGAUAUCAAAUAACUCACAUGUUAUGAAACAGCGUGUCUAAGGAUA